GCAUGGCCUCUUCUGCAGAAAAGGCACCUACUGCUUCUCCUCUUGCCUUUGCUGGCACCUCUGUCUCCCACAAGAUUUGUAUCUGGGUCAUUACCAUGCUCUUGGGAGUAGUUAAACCAGCAGAGACUGAGAAAGUUCACCAAGCCCUGAGACUCUCGAUUGUCCAUUUCAGAUCGGCACAGACCAUGCUCCUCCUGCCGCUGAUGUUGAGCCUGGGCUUGCACCUUCAUCUUAUAGCAGCUUUAUUCACAGUGACAGUCCCUAAGGAAGUGUACACAGUAGAGUUCAGCAGCAACGUGAGCCUGGAGUGUGACUUUGACCUCAGUGGAUGCGCGGAGCUUGAAGAAGUAAGAGCCAGCUUGCAGAAGGUAGAAAACGAUACCUCAUCGCCCAGUGAGAGAGCCACCCUACUGGAGGAGGCGCUGCCACUGGGGAAGGCCUUGUUCCACAUCCCCAGUGUCCAAGUGAGCGAUGCGGGGCAAUACCGCUGUCUGGUCAUCUGCGGGGCUGCCUGGGACUAUAAGUACCUGACGGUGAAGGUCAAAGCUUCUUACAAGAAGAUAGACACUAGGAUCCUAGAGGUCCCAGGAACAGGGGAGAUGCAGCUCACCUGCCAGGCUAGAGGUUACCCCCUGGCAGAAGUGUCCUGGCAAAAUGUCAGUAUUCCUGCCAACACCAGCUACAUCAGGACCCCUGAAGGCCUCUACCAGGUCACCAGUGUUCUCCAACUAAAGCCCCAGCCUGGCAGAAACUUCAGUUGCAUGUUCUGGAAUGCUCACACGAAAGAGCUUACAUCAGCCAUUGUUGGCCCUCUGGGUUGGACUGAACCCAGGGUCCCCAGAACAUCACCACUUCAUGUGUUCCUCCCGUCUUGCAUCAUUGCUUUAAUCUUCAUAGCUGCAGUGAUAGCCCUGAGAAAGAAGCUCUGUGGAAAGCUGUAUUCUAGACGUAGAUCUGGACCUGUGGCCUUGGGAGUUGGGAUCAUCUGAUGGGACACUCACAAGAGGCUCUGGACACUGGGUGAGGAUUCCCUUGGCCUACAGAACCUGCCAUUUGCACUUCCAUGAGGAGCCU